UUUCUGGUAUCUUUUGGUGAGGUGUCUAUGUAGUACUCAAGACGUAAUGUGAUGAUAUGAUAUCAUCAUGAUAGAUAGAUGCGGAUAGGAGAACAUUCAGCUCUUUCGAUCACACAUACACUCUGUCUCCCCUCUAAAUAUUCAUGUUGGAUGCCUCCAUUUCCAUUCCCACACCCAUUCAAACCUACCCAUCUAUCGCAUCAACCACAUAAGCUAACCCAUCUCCAACCCAAACCAUUCCCCCCGUCUCUCUCCAAACAGUUGUUCCCCCUCCACAUCAAACCAACUCGAUGCCAAAAAUCCAACAACCGCACUACUGCUUCAUUACACAUAGAGACAUGAGCGCCGCAAACUGUUCCCUUGCGAUAUAAAAGCACUGUUCUCAAUCUCGUGCACAUUAUCUUCUCUCUGUAGAUUCUCCUUGCCACAUUUUUCUUCAUCCCUUUCAACCAUUCUCCUAUAUAUCCCAUCCUUUCCCCUCUCGCCUCUCCACCACACAUAACCUCAGCAUGACAUCCAAAACUACCAGCGGCUAUGCCGUCAUCACCGGAGUACGUACCUACCAACCCAUCAAACACCCCUUCUUCCCCUCACCAACCCCUCCUGCCCUCCACUCCCACCCUCUCCAGGCCGGCGGCAGCAUCGGCAAAAACACUUGUAUCUCUUUCGCCGAAUCCGGCGCCUCCGGUAUCCUCCUCGCAGACCUCUCUCUCUCCUCCGCUCAAACCGCCGCGCAAAAAUGUAAAUCCUACGCGUCCAACCCAGCCUGUCGCAUCCUCUCUAUACACCUUGACGUGACAGACGAGGAAAGCGUGCAGAAGAUGGUUGAUACAGCUAUCCAGGAAUUCGGCCGUAUAGAUUAUUACGUGCACAGCGCUGAUCGGCACCAGCACACCCUCCCCCUCUCCGAAUUCGACCACAUCCUCAACACCAACACGCGCAGCACGCUCCUCUGCAACCGCGCCAUCGCUCGCGCCAUGCUCCUGCAAGAACCGGUCUCCCACCAAGGCCGCUACACCGAGCGCUCGCUGGGCCGCGGGUGCAUCGUGAAUCUCGGGUCCGCAAAUUCCGUCGUCGCGUUUCCCGGGAAAACAGCCUACACCACUGCGAAACAUGCCGUGGUUGGGAUCACGAAAUCCGGAACAGUCGACUACGCCCCCCGCGGCAUCCGCAUCAACGCCAUCUGUCCGACCUGGGUAGCCGGCCCCAUGAACACGCACGAAGCAGCUCGCAACCCGCACUUCGAGCACAUGGUGCAAGCCGUCGUGCCGCUGAAGCGCGUGGCGCAGCCCGACGAGGUAGCCGACGCCAUUCAUUUUCUGUGCAGUCCCGCUGCGACAUAUAUCACGGGCGCAACGUUGAUUAUCGAUGCGGGGUCGGGCUUGACGGUGCGUUUGUUUUAGUGGCUAGGUGUUUGGAUUGAUAGAUGAGAGUUGUGUGCUCGAGUGUCCAUUUGGAGGAGGGCGUCUGCAUGUACAGCUGGGUUGGAAGGCUCGGAUUGAUGAAAAUAGAUUUUCUUGGUAUUUAGGCCGCUAAAGGAGGACAAUAUGAAUGUCGACAUGGGACAAUUUCGCACAAUCAAUGAAAGAUUGUUUGACAUCGUAGCCUAAUGAGGGAGAUACUG